AUGAACGCCGAAUUCGAAGACACUCGCCGCCAUGAUCUCAUCAAACAUAUUGCUAAAGCAAUGAGCGACGCACGCAUUCCUUUCACCCAGGCCGUUUGGGCUACCCUCUGGCUGUCUGACCUGGAGAAUUUGCAGGCAAUGGUGAAUGAGCCCAGAGUCAUGAAUAUCUCCACCCUAGUUGCCGAUAUGGCUUAUGAGAAGAUUGUCAAGCCAUGGAAUACACGAUCCUGCUCAUCAGCACCGAUGACAUCUCUCGAAUUAUCCCCUGAAGCACAACUCUCUACCUCCGAGAUCCCGCCGAGAAUCAACAGGUGCAAGAUAAGAGACAACGAGCAAUGCAUUUUGACAAAGGCAGGUUAUGUUGUGGAAGUCGCUCACAUUUAUCCCUCUUCUCUUCAAGGGCAAGAGGCCAAGUCGGCAUUCUUCUGGCAGGCCCUGCGCGUAUUCUGGACCGCCGAGAGAACCAAGCGCUGGGAAAAAGAUGUAUUUGGACCAAAUACGAACACCUGUGCGAAUCUGGUGACGAUGGCACCUCACACGCAUGCCUACUGGGAUGGGGCUCUCUUUGCGCUGAAGCCUCUGGGUAAGAGCGAGGACGAGAGUAAGAUGGAGAUGCAGUUCUUUUGGCUACGGCCCACCUCUCUUUCCAGUCCUGUUAUUCUCGAUAUCCCUCCAUCUAUCCCUACCGACUACGACUCAUCUGUGGUGAAGGUGAAACUGUUCGAUUGCGAGGUCGACAAAAAGCUUUGCUCGGGAGAUAGGAUUGUUAUAACAACUGAUGAUCCUAUCAAUCGGCCCCUUCCAAGCUAUAAUCUUCUUGAGAUGCAGUGGGUUCUUCACCGGCUCACUGCCCUCUGUGGAGAAGGCGAGAUCGCCUCUCCCUCAAGCUCCGAUGAGGAGGGGAGUGAGGGGGAAAGAGGUAGUCUUACGGUAGAGUGA